GCGAGGCGCCAUUCGCACACAAGCCUCUGUAGGCACCACGCGGAAUCCUUGGGCUUUGCGCACGCGCCGGUACCGCAGCGCUCACAUCCUCGCUGGGUGACGAUGUAAAUUGGUCCGCGGCAUAUUAUCUCAAUACGUGAUCUCAACGGACUUUAUUUUAAAGUGAAAGUGUUGACGUUUUAGCCAAAAUGGGUUUAGACUUCUUGGAGCAUGGAGCAGACUUUGAGGCUGCGAUCUCUGCCACAGGCUUCGGCCGCUUCCACUUCUGCCUGCUGGCGGUGACGGGGCUGAUCUACGCGAACACCGCCAUCGGGAUCACCAUCGUAUCGUUCGUGCUGCCCUCAGCGACAUGCGACUUCCGCAUGACCUCCGCUGACAAGGGCUGGCUCACCGCCGCGCCUAUGUUGGGUAUGGUGAUCGGGUCAUACUUCUGGGGUUGCUUGGCCGACACCAAGGGCCGUAAGGUGGUGCUGGUCUCCACACUACUGAUGGACGGCUUCGUCGGAAUCCUGUCGUCCUUCGUCCAGAUCCUGCCCAUCUUCAUGGCUUGCCGAUUCGUCAACGGUUUUGCCGUUGCCGGAGCCAUGGGUAUCUGUUUCCCAUACCUGGGAGAGUUCCAAGCUACCAAGUACAGAGAGAAGAUUCUCUGCUGGAUGGAAAUGUUCUGGACUCUGGGUGUCAUCUUACUGCCCCUGAUCGCGUGGGGAAUCAUCCCCAUCACCGGCAUCCGAAUGGAAAGCGGAGCAUUCUCAUACGACUCCUGGAACUGGUUCGUGGCGGCGUGCGGCGUGCCGUCGCUGAUGCUUGGCUUCUGGCUGUUCUCCUUCCCCGAGAGCCCCAAGUUCAUGAUGGAGUGCGGAGACUACGACGACGCCUUGAACGUGCUCAAGGACAUCUACAGACAGAACACUGGCGAUGAUCCCGACAACUACCCGAUCAAAAGUCUCAAAGAGAAAGUCCGCACCGUGUCAGUCGCCUCCCAGGUGUCCCAGAAAUCUGUCAGGAGUCUCAGCAUGCGCAAGCCCAAGGACCUGAAGCGGCUGUUCUCCGAGAUCUGGACCCAGACCAAGGCUCUCUGCCGACCCCCCUACCUCAAGUACACCAUUCUCACCUGCAUCAUCCAAUUCGGAUUAACUACGAGUUACUACACCCUAAUGAUCUGGUUCCCUGAGCUGUUCAACCGUUACGAAGAGUUCGAGCACCGUUUCCCCAACACCUCUGCUUCGGUGUGCGACGUGUCCGGCAUCGUGGUGGCCGAUGAAGCUUCCGAAGAUCCCUUCGAUUGCCUGAAGACCAUCGACUCCAGCGUUUAUAUGCACACCCUGAUCGUCGGUCUGGCCUGCAUUCCCACGUCGUUGUGGCUGCCGCUGUGCGUACACAAGCUUGGAGCCAAAUUCUUCUUGAUCUUCAGUUUGGGUUUCGCCGGCGUGGUGACCGUCGGCCUGUACUACGUGCAGAACUCCACACAGAAUCUGGUUCUGUCGUGUAUCUUCGAAGCGCUGACCUCGCUCGCCAUCAGUCUGGUGUUUUGUGUGCUGGUCGACUUGUUCCCUACGAACCUUAGGGUAAUGGCUGCAGCACUGUCCCUGACCGCCGGGCGAGGCGGCGGUCUCAUCGGCAACCUGUCCUUCGGCUACCUCAUCGACAUCAACUGUGUCGUGCCCAUCGUAGUCUUCUCAGCAUUCCUCUUCAUUGCUGCUAUACUCUGCUUCUUCUUGCCAAAGACAGGCCAAGAAGCCCUAGACUAAACAACGAGUCAUUGAAAACUAGAUAGUGCAAUUAGACUGUACGUCGAGUAGAGUUAACAAUAUAGAUGUGGUUGUACAUAUCAUUACGAUGUAAAUAUUGAGGACUAAGUAUUUAUUUGUGAGCGAGGAGGGCCGACGGCAAACUCCCAGGUGAGCCCACGGCUGGGCAAACUUAGCCCACUUGGAUCACUCCAUCUGGCCCCGAGAGGACCAGAGACAACUUUCCGAGAAAUAGUGAAUAAAUGUGGUUUUGUUCGAACGCGCCCGUUUAAUGUUACCGGGUUACUGUGAUGCAGUAUACAAACGUCUUAUUAAGAAUCAAACAUAACAGUAUUUUAGAGUUGACUGUAUAAUAUAAUGCAUUAAAUUAUUGUAAUUAUUAUUAUUAAAGGUUACCUAUUUGCCUUAA